UGUUUUUUUAUUUUCCAAAUUCCUAUUUAUAAGAACUUUUAAAGUAAUGGACAUUAUUUAUGAAGAUUUUUAUAAUAAGUUUUUUAAUUCUAUUGAAUGGCCAUUUAAAUCACAUUCAAUUUCUAAGGAUUUAAAUGAUUUGAGUUUUACAGAUCUAGCACUUCUGGUUACUACAGACGGUGAUCUUUAUGGUAUUAAUAGAGAUGAUGGAGAGAUUAAUUGGAUUAUAAAGGGAUUAAAUUCUAUUAUGAAAUCUGAGAGAAAUUUGGCUGAAAAAGAUAAUUUAUCUGAGGAUUAUAUACAACGUAUUUCAAAUAAUGUUGAUUUCUUUUGGUUUUUGGAACCUUCUGGUGAUGGUUCUAUAUAUGUAUUUGAUUUUAGAAUAGGGAUUCAUAAAUUUCCAUUUAAUAUUAAACAGUUGAUAAAGUUAUCUCCUUAUAGUUUUCCAGGAGAUGAUAAAGUUUAUAUUGGAAGAAAGGAAACUUCACUUUUUGUUGUUAAUCUUAAUACUGGAAAAAUAUAUCGAAGUUUUGGUAGUGGUCAUGAAAAUAAUGAUGCUUUUCGUUGCUUUUCUAAUGAGGUUUUUGGAAAAGGCUAUGAUAAAGACUGUGAUUUUUCUGACCUUAAUGAUAAAAAUAUUUUAAAAAUAGGUCGUAUAGAUUAUAUAUUAAAUGUAUAUUCUGGAAAUAGGUUACUGUGGAAUGUUAGUUAUAGCGAAUGGGUUCCUAGUUUUAUUAAUGUUAACUUUGAAAAUAAAUAUUUUUCAAUGUUUGAUGGUAAAUAUAUAUUAUCAACACAUAAUGGAGCAGUAUUUCAGCGUAUUGUUAAAGGAACUACUUCUUCAAUUAUUUGGUAUAAGAAAUUAGAUAGUCCUGUUACUAAAGUUUUUGAUAUUUUAUCAUUUACUCCCAUUUCAAUUUAUCGGCAGUCUGAAUUGGAUAAUCGGCAUACAUUUGUAAUGGUAGAACAGCCUACUGAUUUUAUAUUUAAAAUGCUUAAUAAAACUUACAAUCGUUAUGUUUUUAUUAAUACUACUCAAAUAGGCAAUUGGUAUGCCUUGUCGGAAGAAAGAUUUCCAUUAAUAAAAGAGGCAUCGUUCUCUCAAUGGCAUAAUGCUACAAUGAAUUUUGGAAGACUAGGCAUUUUACCUUUACAUAAGGAUCUUAUUGGUCUUCAUAAAAUUUCGUAUGAUAUAGUUCAGAUUUUAACUAUUGAUUCUUCAUUAGAACCAUUAAAAAUUGAUUAUUUUUUAGAUAAGAGUUAUAAUUUUAAAUAUCGUUAUAUUUUUUAUAUUUUUUUUGCAAUUGGCAUACUAAUAUAUUUUUCAUGGAGAAAAAGAAGGGAAUUUUAUCAGUUUAUAUUUUGGUUAAAACUCAAGUUUUUCUCAUGGAUAAUAUAUAUAAAAAAAAGGAAUAUUCAACAAUUUUUAGUCAAUAUUCUUACUAUUUUUGGCAGAAAAAAGAAUGAAGAGCAUGAGAAUGUAUUUGGAAAUUUCAAUGAAAUUGUAUUGAAUGAUGAUAAUGUUUUGUUUUCAAAGGAUGAGAGUAUGAAAAUGUUGCAUUUAAAAAAGCGUAAAAAGAUUGUUCGAAAAACUAAAAAAUAUAAAAAAGGAAUAGAAAAUAUGAGUUAUGUCGAUACAGCUGAAGAAAUGUCUGAAAAUGAGUACCUUAAAAAUCAAAUAGAGUAUCGCAAUAAUGAUUUGGAGAAAUCGAGUUUAGAUUUAUUUGAAUUUAAAGCAUAUGAUUCAAUUGAAAAAAUAGAAUUUCCUUUGGUUAUAAAUUCUCUAGAAAUAACAAAUAAAAUUUUAGGAUAUGGAAGUCAUGGUACAAUAGUUUAUGAAGGCUCUUUUGAAGGUCGUAAGGUUGCUGUAAAAAGGAUGUUACUAGAUUUUUAUGAGGUUGCUUUUCGUGAAAUUACAUUAUUACAGGAGAGUGAUGGCCAUCCAAAUGUUAUUCGUUAUUAUUGUAAACAGAAAAGUGAUAAAUUUUUAUAUAUCGCUCUUGAGCUCUGUUCUGCUUCUCUUUAUGAUAUUAUUGAGCGCUCUCAUGAAUUUUCUUGGCUAUUAAUGUCAAUGAAUGUCUCUGAUAUUUUAUAUCAAAUAGCUUCAGGAAUACAGUAUUUGCAUUCUUUAAAAAUAAUACAUAGAGAUAUUAAGCCUCAGAAUAUUCUUGUAGCGCCUUUAUAUGCAAAUUCUGAUAAUAAUAAAGAUGGAGAGCAAGUGAAUCGUGUUCGUAUUAUGAUAUCUGAUUUUGGUUUAUGUAAAAAAUUAGAGUUUGAUCAAAAUAGUUUUAAAGUAACUACUUCACAAUUGUCUGGUACCAUUGGAUGGAGAGCUCCUGAAUUGUUUUAUGAAAAAAUGAAUGUUGAUAAAUUUCAAGAUAUAUCAGAUUUAGAAAUAAAUUCGUUAAAUUCUUUUCAAAAUCAUAAAGUUGGGCGUGCAAUAGAUAUAUUUUCUAUGGGAUGUGUGUUUUAUUAUGUCUUAACAAAUGGUAUGCAUCCUUUUGGAGAAUAUUAUUUGAGAGAAGGAAAUAUUGUUAAAGGUACUGCAAAUUACAGUCAUUUAGAUUUUCUUGGUAAUGAAAGUUUUCUUGCGAAAGAUCUUAUAUCAAAAAUGUUGAAUUUAGAUCCAAAAGAAAGACCUGAUGCUGAAUUUAUUGUGAAACAUCCUUAUUUUUGGUCACCUGAAAAAAAAUUAUCUUUUUUAAUAGAUGCAUCUGAUAGAUUUGAAACCGAAAAACAUCAAUCAUCUUCUGAAUUAUUACAGUUUUUAGAAAAAGAUGUUCUUAAAAUUAUAGGAAGAAAUUGGCUGAAAAAAAUAAAUAAACAUAUUUUAGAAAAUUCUGGUAGGUUUCGGAAAUAUGAUGGAACAAAACUUUUGGAUCUUUUAAGGAUAUUAAGAAACAAAAAAAAUCAUUACCAGAAUCUUCCUCUUCAUGUUCAAGAAAUUUUAGGACCACCUCCUGACCUUUAUUUAUCAUACUUUAUGACACGAUUCCCUUAUUUAUUAUUGCAUUGUUAUUAUAUUGUUAAACGUUUUUUAGAUAAAGAGAAUAUGCAUCAGCUAGCUAGUUAUUUUUAAAUAGUUAAAUAUAAAAAAUAUUUUUGUUUGUGGA